AUGGCACCAUCAUUCGAGGAGUGGAUACCGCGCAUCGAUGAGGACGUCUUUAUUAUACCCCCAAGAUUGCGGAAUGACGAAUCAGACUUCGGACUCGAACCUGCGCAGCGUCGGCCGUUUUUCGGCCUGGAGCUGGCCGCGGACCACUUGAAGAUGCAAGACAGAGACGUCGACGGCGACAACGACCUCGUCGCGACCGCGAAAGAGAUUGCAAAUCAGUACGUCCCCGGGGAGGCAGAACAAGCGGUCUUCGCCGCCGCUAUUGCUAGCAGCAGCAGCAGCAGCAGCGGCAAUGCAAGCGGAGUCAGCGUCGUUGCCCGAAGAAGCAUGAGAAGGACAGAUGCACUGCACUCCUUGUGGUAUCAACUUCCAGUGGGCGUGUUCGUGUUCAGGAACGAGUACAACACCGAACGUCACCGUCAUGGUGAUGUAUAUUUCACAGACGACGUCAAGGCGUCGGAUUUGUUCACGCUGGAUGACAAGAACCCCCAUCCACGUCCAGCUGCUGAGUGGCAAACAAAGGUCGAAUUUCUCUUAAUCGCGAAGGACUUCGCGGACGACAGAAACACCUUCGUGCCCGCACCCCAAGCCGCGUACGCGACAGGAGUUAACCACUCCAAGAGUGGACCUAAAAUUUCGCAAGUGGUAACCGGAAGCAGAACCAUGCGUUUUGAGAAGAUAGACAGCAAAGAUGACGCAGCCCGAUUUAUUUGGCGCGCGACUAUUCUUAUGCAGUGCAAAAUGCCUGGCCUUCGCGUCGUAAAGGAAGUGCAGACCGCAAAGCACGCGAAAUGCCACGCCACCGUCGAAGUCCGCAUCGAUGGACAUGACGCAGAGUUCAUGAAAGUCGUCGUAAAAGACGCAUGCGUGCAUCGAGCCGCACAGAUACCGAAAGAUGCCUUUCCCGCGAGCGAGGCAGCAAUUGGUCUUACAUUUGCCAAGACGCCAUGUCCCGAGCCGUUCGCACACAACUACAAAAUAGCUCUGGAAAAGCGCGUGAAUAAGAUCAUGGAGCUCACAGCGAAGAUAUCUGGUAAAAAGUUCAAAAACCAAGAUGCGCACGCGACCUUGAUGAGAGAUACACCCGCUGAUGAACUUUUGCGUGGAAACUUCUCGAAGUGCGGAGGGACGAUCCCAGAUAACUUGCAAACCGCUUUGACGCGAGUACAGAAACCUGGUUUGAUCGGACCUCCGAUGGACGGCACGAGGAUGAAGGCGCUGCAGCACAUUACAGCCGUGAUCGACGAGCAAGACGAGAGUAAGAAACCCGAAUUCACGUCUCGAGCUGGUUGCAUUCAAGUCUGCGACGUCCUAUCCCUCAAGCACUGCCGGGUGGUCUUCUUCGACGACGCGCGCGUGAAGGUCACGUUCGCUCAUUCGACGUACGAGGGCAUCGAUAACAUUAACGAUGUCAGAGGCCUCGUGUUCGACUUCGCGCUAAAAUUCACUCAUAGAACCGACACGCAUGGAAAACAAAUUCGACUUUGGACGCUCAUCGCUGGCCUCCCUCACCCGUUUUACCCAGGAGGCACCAAGAGCGCGUCUGUGUUGCGAGUUCUCGAGGCGACCAUGUCGAAGGCGGAUUCGAUAGAAACCCAUUCGGUGCUGGCUGAGUUUAAAUCGGCAUUAUCCAGAACGAACAAGAACGUGCCCGUGACUGUGCCUCUCAUCAUCACAGACGUGAGCGCGACGCUAGCGCUCGCCGCGAGCAUAACGUUUAACGGCUGCACGUUCAACGAGAUGAUCGCGAGAAUAGAGGAGCGCCUAGAGAUAUACUGCAGUGACGCUGAGAAAGUGCGGAAGAAAUACGCCGACGUGAUUGGGCGGUUACGAGCACACGGAGGCCAUGAAACUCCUGAGUCAGCGUGGGAUGCGGUCAGCGCCGCGAGCCAGCUGUUUGCCCCGGCGAGUAAAUCCGUCCCAGUGUUCACACCCAACGACGUCUUGUGCUACCAGCCUGUUAAUACCACCACCACACAUGCUAACGGCCCAGAUGAUGUCCAAGAGCGACCGCCGCAGAUGUUUCUGCAGUUAACGGAGACCGCGAAAGAUAAUCUCCAACGCUGCCUCGACACGGCGCAAAAUGUUGACGACGACCUGAGAGCGCAGGUGCACGAGUUACUGGCGACCUCGAACGCUACUUUCGAAUGCUUCUCCGAGAUGACGUGCCACACGCACUGUCGUCCUCAUAAAAUCAGGGCAGCAAUGCGGACAUGCAAGAUCGGUUCGGGGUUUAGAAAGCUGACCGGCGACGGGGAGAGAGACUGGGCCGCCUACGUCACGAAGUCUCUCAUCGUCACGCCUUUUGGCGAACGCGACCUUCACAACGUGAAUACACCUUCUCCAUUCGUGGGACCGAAGGACUACGCCGCCGCGAAAACGUUCUACAGCGUCAUCAACGACGUGCUCCGGACGCGGUACAUCCCGUGCGACGCCUCGGAGUGGCCAGAAGAAUGGAAUUCUGUCCUCCGUUUCCGCGAAAUAAGCGCAAACGAAGCCGCCCGUGAGGGAGUGUACUCACACGUGCUGGAAAUAUUCGCGGGAGCGCGUCGCGUCUGCCACGCGAGAGUCCGGAGCGCUACGCGCAUCGUCAAAGGCGAAAAGCUCCUCAAUGACACGACGCUCGCAAGGGACGUCGUGCAGGCGCCAGUCCCAGUGCAGCAGGCAGAAUCGCAACGUGAAACUCCGCGCGCGACAAGCGAUCAGGAAAGGUCUUCGGAAAUCGAGGCCGCCACGGACUACGAUUUCUGCCUCGAUCUCGACGACGACGACGAGACGGAUGAUGCCAAGCACGAAGAUAAGAUGGCCAUGGAGUUUCUGGCCGAAGAAGGAGAAGAGAUGGCCACUGCCAGGCUCACAGACGAAAAUCAGCUCGCCGGGCAUAUGCUCAUGCCAACUGAAUUUGAUGGCGUCGAAGUGUUGGAGGAUACCGAAGGGGACAUCAUAACGAUGACUCCAGCCAACGAGUACAACCUCGAGAUUGACUCUGAUUCAUCUUACGUCGUGAGCCCUUUCUUCAUCGAGACUAAACGCGGAGGCACCAGCAAGAGGAAGAACGAAUCGAUAUAUCCAGUUUGGUCCAUGGUCUCGUACGCCGCGCGUCUCUUCACGACCACGGGCCCACUCGUUCGCGGGCUCUUUUACAGCGCCGAGAGCACGUCCUCUCACGUCGAGUCUGUGUUCAAGAACAUGCGAAGCGAGACAAAGGGAAACUUGGAGCUGGCCGAUUACAUCCGCCUCAAAGUCUCUCGCGCAUCAGGAAGUCCCUCGCUCAUGGACACGGACUUAACAUCCUUCAGCGCUGGCGCGAAUGAGAGUAACCGUCAGGUUCGACCGCGCGCUAAGAAGCCUCCGAGUGAGAAACACAAGGAUGAUCCUUCCGGGUUGAAGUGUGGUAAGUACAUGGCAAACAGUCAGAAGAACUGUACCGCGAACAUCACCACGAAAGGCAAACAGAAAUGCAUAUCUAAACGCUGCGGUCACCACUGCGAGAACAAGUCAGAGUGUCCUGUGCACAGAAGCAGCGGUAAGAAGUAGUGUUCGGAGUCCAAGCGUCGUAACAUAUGAGGUGUUGCUGGCGCUGAGUUUCUUAGAUUCCCCUAGCUAGCCACAGAAAUUAAAUGGAAGUUGCCCUUGUCCUCCUAAGAGCAGCGUUUUCGGUCAGGAUCAUUUCCCGCGCGUACUCUGAGCAGCGCAUCUGCGCGUCAGCACCCAUCUCCAAGCGCGACGCGUCGUGCGCGGCCGAAAAAUCGUCCAGCGCGCGCGC